AUGGCUUGUGUUGCUUUGACUUCUCUGAUGGCAACAAUUAAGCUACAGUUUCUGCAACCCAAUAAUGGAAGGGUUUCUCUUGAUGAUGAAGCAUCCAUAUCACUCAAAUCUUUGUUUGAAAAGCUUUCAUCUUUGCAAGCUUUUGUGCAGGAGAAAUCUGGAACCAGAGAAUUGGAGAUGAAGAUCAGAGACUUCGCACUGGAAGCCGAAGAUCGCAUCGAAAUACAACUAAGCAACUUUCUUCUAGCCAAGGGCACACAGGAUCAACAAAAAGCUUAUCAGCAGCAACUCCAUCAAACCUUGGGAGAAGCAGCAGAAAACGCAGCAAAGUUGCUGGAAAAAAGCAAGGAAACAGAUGAUAAAGAAGUGGUGAAUAUAAGUGGAGGACCAGUGAUUCCUUGGUUAAAACAUGAUUCGGCUUCGGAGCCCAGCAAUGUUAUGGUCGGUCGUGGCCGUGAUCGUGUGCUGAUAAUGGACAAACUCAUCAGGGGCUCUGAGGAACUAAAAGUGCUCUCAAUUGUUGGGAUGCCCGGUAUCGGAAAGACAACUUUAGCCAGAAGUGUCUAUAAAAAUAAAUUAGUUACAUCGCAUUUCGAUGUACAAAAAUGGGUUUCUAUGCCUGAUGUUGGGGGAUACGAUAACGUGAGAGAAAUGCUACACACCCUUCUUUGGGCAGUAGUAUCAGAGGGAGAAGAAAUAAAAGAGGGAAGGAUUCCUGUUGAUCUAGCAGCUGAGAAGGUAUUCAAAUGCUUGAGAGGUAAGAGAUAUCUAAUUGUUUUUGAUAACUUACCGAACAAUGAAGCUUGGGAUUAUAUCCCGUAUAAUUUACCUGAUUAUACAAAUGGAAGUCGCAUAGUGAUAACCACUACGCAUUUUUUAAGGAGGGAUAGUUGGGAUUACUCAAAUAGAAAUAUUAUGCAGCAUAACAUGAAUUUGCUAAAUCCAGAAGAAAGUUGGACUUUAUUUUGUAAUAACCCUGUUCUGAAACUCAAAGAACAUCAGACACCAUCUAUAUUUCAAAAAAUUAGGAGCCAAGUUGUAGAGCUAUGUGAAGGAUUGCCACACUCAAUUGUUGUAGUUGCAAAACGUCUAUCUAAGUGUGACAACAUAAGACAAGAGUGGAAGAAGGUUCAAAAGGAAAUAGAGUUGCUUGGAGUUCUAGAUAGGAGGGCAUUGACCCACACUUACAAUCAAUUGCCACAACACUUAAAAGUUUGCUUUCUAUAUUUUGGAGUAUUCCCAAAGCGCAGUGCAAUCAAAGUGAAACUACUUAUUAGGUUAUGGAUUACUGAAGGAUUUAUUAAUCCAUUGUGGUACAAGGAGUUAGAAAGUCAAGCUUAUGAGUACUUACAAGAGUUUGUUGAUAGAAGUCUUAUUCUAAUUGACAGUUGGAGUAGUUCUUCUGGAAAAAUUAAGGAUUGUAGGAUGCAUAGUGCCUUGCAUAGUUUUUGCGUAAGAGAAGCGCAGAAAGAGGGCAUUUUUUGUGCUUUAAAUACUCAGCAACUGCCACGAGGGUCAUUUAGCAUGUUUGCAAAUUCAUGCCGCUGGUUAAGUUUAUACACACAUAAAUUUGACUAUUAUGUGUUGUUAAGAACAAACAACCCUCGCUCCAUUUUCUUUUUUCAAGAAGAUGCUAAAAUAUAUGUAUCUUUCAAGUUGCUAAGAGUUUUGGCUUUUGUUCCAUCUUCAUUUCUUCAAAGAGUGCCAGCACGCUUACAUGAUUUAGUUUUUUUGAGAUACCUAUCUGUAACAGAAUGGUUUGAGGGCCUUGAUUAUGUAGUGUCAACCAAUCGAAACUUGCAGACACUUGUUGUUUCUGGUAAAGAAUCACAAUUUGGAGCACCUACUCGCCUGCCUUGUACAAUUUGGGAGUCACCGCAGUUACAACAUCUUGAACUUGGCAAAUCUUAUGUGAUUGAUCCUCCAAGCAUGGAUAAAGAUAAGAUGCGGACAUUAUCUUGGCUGUGCCCAACUCAUUGUAGAACAGGAGUAUAUUGUAGGUUUCCAAACAUUGAAAAAUUGGAAGUCUUUGUAUGUUGCAGCAAUCCUAUUAUUUUGGAUAAUCUUGAAUAUUUGGAACAUCUUAAGAGACUAUCAAUUUCAGUUUCGUUUGGUUGCGUUGUAACCCUUCCAAAGCCAUCUAUGUUUCCUUCACAACUAAAUAAGUUGAGGUUGAACGGUACUAACCUUUCAGAGGGGGAUUUAGAGGUAAUUGGCAUGUUGCCUCAGCUUGAGGUUCUAAAGUUGGAAAAUGCCUUUCAUGGGGAAGUAUGGGAUGUAGAAGAAGGAUUAUUUGUUCGAUUAAAAUUCUUGCUUCUAGAUGGUAUAAAGCUCGAGCAAUGGAGAGUUGGUGAAUAUUCGUUUCAAUAUCUUAAGCAUUUAGUCUUAAGAUUUUGUUAUCGUUUAAAAAAUAUCCCUAAGGUUAUGGUAGAUAUUUUUACCUUGGAGUCAAUUGAGUUGCAGUCGUGUUGUCAUUCCCUUAUCUCUUCUGCAAAGCGUAUUCAAGAACAUCGAUGGGACUUUGGACUCGCUUUAGAGAUCAAAAUCAAGUGAGCCGAAUGCAUUACAGACAAAGAAGAGUCUAUACCUUCAGAUGAUGAAUGACAAGCUAGCUAGCUAAGGGCUUGAUCGAUGCAGCAACAAAUUCGAUUGAAGAGCGGAAGAUUUGAACGGGAGGAAAGUUCUUCAAUGGAUGUUCCUGAUUCAAGGUCCUCUGCAAAUUUGAUGUCAGGAGUUAGUUGGAGCUUUUUUCGUGUUGAAAUUGGGCAAAGUUGUUGGAGUUGAUCCCUCUAAAUACAAGUUUGAUUGAGGAGGCCGAAAGGCCGGCAUCAAUUUGACCCCGGACCAAUUCCGGUUUGGCGGCGGCUUCAAUUCUUGUUCUAGGCGUGUGGGAUUACUUUCCAGCGGCUUUUUUCUCUUCGGCGGUGCGACUUUCUGGUGGCGUUAAUUGUUCUCGCGGUGCUGAGAAAUUCUCUUUCGACAGCAAAAUUUUCCUGCACAGCAGCUUGUUAAUUGGCAUACGCAUUUCUCCCUUUUUCUUCCAUUAAUUUGCUAUUGCCAUUCUUCACAGGAUUUUGCUUAUUAGUUUAUUUCAACAUUUCAUUUGCUAUUGGUUAAUGACAAUUGACAACACGUGAAUUUUAAUUGUGGAGCUCAAAUUGAGUUUUAUUCUAUGAAUUUAUUUUUAACUAAUUGUUUGAA